AUAUCAUCGAAAAGUAACAGCCGAAUUUAAGGUUGCAAUAUCAGAUUUGUACUGCAGUACUCACGCCUGAACUUGACUCGCAUACUCUUCGUGAGCGGCCAGACGCUACGAUGAACAAGGUCCGCGCUUCUAAGUUACGUGGCAAGCCAGAAUCCGAACUUCAAAAACAGUUGGGUGAAUUAAAAACUGAAUUGGGCAGUUUGCGGUUGUAUCGUGUUGCCCGAGGUGCAACUUAUCAUGGUAAACUGAAGAAAAUCCGAUUGCUACGCAAAUCGAUCGCACGCGUCUAUACCGUCAUACACCAAGCUCAAAAACUACGCCAAAGGGAGGCUUUUCGUCCGAAAAAAUACGUCCCGAAAGAUUUGCGGCCUAAGAAAACGCGUGCCAUUCGAAGGCGUCUUACGAAGAAAGAGCGAUCUAUCCAUUCAGAACGUACACUGCGAAAGGCUCGUGCCUACCCUAGGCGAAUUUAUGCUGUUAAGCGUUGAUAAAAUACACAUGUAACGCGGAAUUUGUUUUUGUUGACCUAAUCCAACCCUUUCUCUGA